CUCCCUGCGUCCCGCUAGGAGGGGAGAGCCGCGCCGGGAUGUGCGGGCGCACGUCCUGCCACCUGCCCCGGGACGCGCUCACCAGGGCCUGCGCCUACCGCGACCGGCAGGGCCGCCGGCGCCUCCCGGAGUGGAGGGACGCGGAGAAGUACCGGCCCUCGUACAACCAGAGCCCGCAGGCCACCAGCCCCGUGCUCCUGUCCCGCCUGCACUUCGAGAAGGGCGCAGACUCAUCUGAGCGUAUCAUUGCUCCCAUGCGAUGGGGCUUAAUUCCAUUUUGGUUCAAAGAAUGUGAUCCUUCCAAACUGAAGUUCAACAUGUCCAACUGUCGUAGUGAUACCAUAAUGGAGAAACGGUCAUUCAAGGUGCCUCUGGGAAAGGGAAGACGCUGCGUGGUUUUAGCAGAUGGAUUCUAUGAGUGGCAGCGAAUUCAACUAUCAAGCCAGAGGCAGCCGUACUUUAUCUACUUCCCCCAAACCAAUACAAAAAAGUCAGGCAACACUGAGACUGCAGACAGUCCUGAAGAUUGGGAGAAAGUCUGGGACAACUGGAGGCUGCUGACAAUGGCUGGGAUCUUUGACUGCUGGGAGCCCCCAGAGGGAGGAGACUGCCUGUAUUCCUACACCAUCAUCACGGUGGAUUCUUGCAAAGGCUUGAAUGACAUCCACCCCAGGAUGCCUGCCAUAUUAGACGGCGAGGAGGCAGUCUCUAAAUGGCUUGACUUCGGUGAGGUCUCAACCCAGGAAGCGCUGAAGUUAAUCCACCCCACAGAGAACAUCACCUUCCACCCAGUCUCUCUCGUAGUGAACAACUCUCGAAACAACACACCAGAGUGCGUGACUCCUGUUGACUUACUGGACAAAAAGGAAGUCAAAGCAAGUGGGAGCAGCCAGAAAAUGUUGCAAUGGCUGGCCACCAAGUCACCCAAAAAGGAGGAACCAAAGACACCUGAAAAGGCAGAGUCAGAUGUGCCCCAGUGGUCCAGUCAGUUCCUGCAGAAGAGCCCCCUUGCCAGCAAGAGGAGCAGUGCAGGACUCCUGGAGCGAUGGUUGAAGCAGGAGAAGGAGGAGGAGCCCGUGGCCAAGCGGCCUCACUGCCAGUAAAGCAGGACUUUUCCAGAUCAAGCCGUGAUUUACUGCGUAAAUACGAUCGUCGAGAAAGGUUCUUGCUCUGUAUGUGUGUGGGUUUGCUUUGGGAGGAAAUGGGACAGUGUUAGUUGGCAGCUGUGGGUUCACGGAGGGAGCGGCUGUGCUGGGGCCAGUGGCAUCCCUGCAUCCUGGCCAUGCUGGCGGAGCCUUCCCUCAAAGCCUGAGCCGGUGCUGCUAGUACAGGGCUGUUUUCUGCUCAGCCUUUGGGCUUUUUCAGUCUUUUAAAAUUAAGUUCUAAAAAACAUUGUAUUUUCUCUGGAUAUAGUUAAUAAACUGUCUACCUUUCAGAAAAAGCUGCUGGUGGGCGGAGUUC